AUGGCUCUAGGAUUCCACAACGAGUUGAGAUCUCACGGUGCCAUUGAGGCCGCCCAGGAUCCCAACAGUGGUGUUUCAGCAGAUGAUGCUGAACGCGUCAUGCUAGACGAGAGUAAGGAGGCAGGCUCAACUGCGCUCCAUUUCGACCCGAAUGCCUCCCCAGAAGAAAAGGCCGCGCAGGCCAAAGUGCUAGCGAAUGAUACCAGACGCCAUAAACCAAAAGGUGUCGGAAUCGCCACGGAUCUGGACGGUGGACCGCCAGACAAUUAUGACCUCCCUCCACCCGAGCCCGCGGCCGUCGCAGAAAAAGCCAAUGCACCGAAGAUCGAAACAACAGUAGCGAAUGGAGCUCCUCCCGAGGAGGAAGAGCAAUGGCACCAGGUCGGUUGGGCUCCACGUUUCGGCAGUGGUGAGACGGAGGAAGACAAAGAGGCAGGCAAUCUGCUCGAACAUCAGACACUUUUGGAGGGAAAACUAGACGACAAAUUCUUUGGUGAUUGGUAUCACAAUGCCGCCGUGAUCAUAUUCGCUUGCCUAUCCUCAUGGCUCGUUGCUCUCCUCGGUGGUGGUCUAGGAUGGCUCUUGCUCAUCAUGGCCACCUGCGGCACUUAUUACAGAACCUCGAUCAGACGCGUGAGAAGGAAUUUCAGGGACGACAUCUCUCGGGAAAUGGCCAAAGCCCGUCUAGAGACAGACAACGAAAGCCUUGAAUGGAUGAACAGCUUCUUGGUCAAGUUCUGGCCCAUCUACGCGCCACAGCUUGCCAAGGCUGUUAUACAAUCAGUCGACCAAGUCCUGAGCACCUCCACCCCGGCAUUCCUGGACAGUAUGAGACUUGAGUCGUUUGUACUGGGCACCAAACCUCCACGCAUGGAGCACGUCAAGACCUAUCCCAAGACUGAAGAUGAUAUUGUCUUAAUGGACUGGAAAUUCAGCUUCACACCAACAGACACAAUGGACAUGACAGCUCGUCAGCUCAAGACCAAGAUCAAUCCCAAAGUCGUGCUCGAAAUUCGGAUUGGCAAAGGUGUAGUCAGCAAGGCAAUGAAGAUCAUCGUCGAGGAUUUUGAGUUCUCAGGUUUAAUGCGCGUCAAGAUCAAGUUGCAGAUUGCAUUUCCCCAUAUUGAGAGGGUCGACAUUUGUUUCCUCGGUCGUCCAACCAUUGAUUAUGUCUGCAAGCCGCUUGGAGGCGAUACUUUUGGAUUUGACAUCAACUUCAUCCCUGGACUGGAGAACUUUAUCAAAGAACAGAUCCACGGAAACCUGGCUCCGAUGAUGUACGAUCCUAAUGUUUUCCCAAUCGAAGUGGCAAAACUAUUGUCUGGGAACCCGAUCGACCUUGCAGUUGGUGUCGUGGCGAUCACGAUCUACAACGCCCAUGGCUUGAAGAAUCCAGACAAGUUCUCGGGCACGCCUGAUCCCUACGUGGUUGUCUCCUUGAACAGUGCCAAAGAACUGGGACGUACCAAAACUGUCCGCGAGAACGCCAAUCCUCGUUGGAACGAGACUUUGCACCUCAUCAUCACGAAUUUUACAGACGCUCUCACAUUGCAGGUGUACGAUUACAACGACGUCCGUAAAGAUAAACAACUCGGGGUCGCCACGUUCUCACUGGACCAACUUGAAGGUGCACCUGAUCAUGAAGGGCUUACACUUGACGUGCUCUCGAAUGGAAAGCAUCGCGGAGUUAUCCAGGCCGACAUUCGGUUCUUCCCUGUCAUGAACCCAGAGAAGCUCCCAACAGGAGAGAUACUGCCUCCGCCAGAAUCCAAUACUGGCAUUGCGCGUAUCACCAUCGAGCAAGCCAAAGAUCUGGACGGUAGCAAGAGCAUGGUUGGUGCCCUGGACCCGUACGCCGCACUACUUCUGAACGGCAAGGAGAUUCACAUCACAAAUAAACUCAAGCACACCAACAAUCCAGUCUUCUCGGACAAUACCAAAUCGGUUCUUAUCACUGACCGUAAGAAGGCCAGGAUUGGGUUAGUGAUCAAGGACAGCAGGGAUCUUUCUGGCGAUCCAGUCAUUGGCAGCUACCAGAUAAAAUUAGACGACAUGUUAAAGCUGGUCGAAAAGGGCCAGGAAUGGUACAAUCUGCACGGCACCCAGAUCGGCAAGGCGAAGUUGAUGCUGGAUUGGAAACCCGUUGCACUAAAGGGUGCGACAGGAGCUGGCGGUUACAUCACUCCUAUUGGCGUCAUGCGAAUCCAUGUCCAGAGCGCAAGAGACCUCAGAAACUACGAAACACUCGGCAAAUCCGAUCCUUACGCAAGAGUCCUGCUAUCAGGAAUUCCCAAAGGACGCACUGUCACAUUCCAGAACGAGCUCAACCCAAUUUGGGACGAGGUCAUAUACGUCCCGAUGCAUACGCCUUCUGAGCGGAUAAUCCUUGAGGUUAUGGACGAAGAGAAACUCGCAAAGGACCGAUCGUUGGGCUUGGUUCAAAUCGCUGCUUCGGACUAUAUCAAGGAAAGUGAAGAGGGCGGAUAUGAAGUACACGACUCGAAAGUUUUACGUUCCGAGGGCUUGCGCAUGGGUGGUGCGGGUGGCGAAAAGGGUAUCAUCAACUACACCGUGUCAUUCUACCCGACACUGAACGUAGUUGACCCAGAAGAGGAAGAAGAGGAACGCAAAGCCCAGGCCGCCAUCGAAGCCGCUGGUGCCCCCGAAGCUACACCUUCACACACAAAGAGCAACUUACUCGAAGUCAAACCAAAUGGUAAUGCCACGACAUCGAUGCCAGAAAGUCCGAGGAGCUUGGGACCAGCUAGCCACAAAGGUGCACCCAGUCUCACAUCCAUCAACAGCGGCUCCAUCAGGUCUGGCUCUGGCCUAAAGAAGCAGGCGCCGAAAGUCAAGAUCACAGCUGACAAUCUCAGCACGUACGAGUCUGGCUUGGUCGUCUUCGAUAUCAUCGAGGGGCACUUCGCGGACACCGACAUUCGACUAGAGGUGUUGAUGGAUGACCACGUGUUCCCAGCGUAUACGUCCGCUAAGAUACGGCAGAAGGAUUUCCAUUUUGGCGAGACGGGCGAUGCGAUGGUCCGGGAGAUCGACAUGUCCCGAAUAACGCUACGUCUCGUUGAGAAGACUGAUAAGACUGGCAAGCAGGACGAGGACAACAUCACUGCCAGGUUGACAGGCUCGACCCUUCAAACUCUACAGCAAUGCCUAUAUAAGCCAACGGAGUUGACGCUGAGGAGCGACAGGGGCACAUCGAACAAGGUCACAGUGCUUUUGAGAUAUCUGCCCGUCAAGAUGAAGCUCGACCCUAGCGAAAGUAUCAAUAACAUGGGCACGUUGCGGGUGGAUGUGCUGGACGCUGCCGACUUACCUUCUGCUGACCGAAACGGCUACAGUGACCCAUACUGUCGGUUCCGCUUGAAUGGCAAGGAGGUGUUCAAGACGAAAACGCAAAAGAAGACGCUUCACCCAGCUUGGAAUGAGUUCUUUGAAGUUACUGUUCCGUCUCGGACUGCUGCCGAAUUCAAGGUCGAUGUGUAUGACUGGGACUUUGGUGACAAAGCCGACUGGCUAGGCUCUACCCUGCUUGAUCUUAAAGCGGUGGAACCCUUCCAGCCGCUGGAGCAAACAUAUCCAUUGGAUGGCAAGUCAGGUGCUAUUCGGCUUAAGAUGUUGUUCAAGCCUGACUACAUCACCCGCGCUCGGCAAGGGAGCUCAACCUUCUCUGGCACCUUUGCGCCAGCCGGUAAGGUGGUCGGAGCGCCCGUAAAAGGCAUAGGAAAGGUGGGUGGUGGGGUCGUGAAGGGCGCCUCCUUUAUCAGACGAGGAUUCGGUGGCGGCCGCGGUAACAAAGAGGACACAGAGACCGAAGCUAACGGAACCAUGCCGACCGAGACUGGCGCAAUCAGUCCAGCUAUUGCUACCCCGACGUCCACACCAUCCAGGGCUGUAGGUCUAGUCGAUGGAACAGCAUCUCCGACCCCUUCUUCUCCCAUGGUCCAUGCACGCUCUAAGAGUAACCACUCAACGUUGACGAACACGCCCAAGGGUGCAGAGACUGGUUCUGCCAGUUUUACCAUUGUUUCAGCGACCGGAUAUCCAUCAGGGGCGGACGUUCGCGUCCAUGUCAAGUCGUUGGGGCCGAAGGGCGCCAAAGAUCUAUUCAAGACCAAAGCGAUCAAGUCAUCGACGGGCACCGUGGAGUACGAUCCGAAUCACGAGACCUUCAGAGUGCCAUGCAGUGCGGACACACAAUUCCAAGUGGUUGUGAAGGAUCACGACACAUUCCGGUCCAAAGACCUGGGAGAAGGGCUAUUUUUCGUGUCUGAUCAAGGCGACGGCUCCGAACAGGCUGUCAAGGCUGGAUCGGGCAGCGUGACACUCCGAAGCAGCUUCACAGCCAAUGCGGCUGAAGCAUUCUCAGACGGCCUCAAGCCGAGCAGCAACGGACGGGAUAGCCCUGACUCGAAGCGCGAAGGACGACGAAGCUUCUUUGGGCGAAGAGAAAUCAGUGGCAGACACGACGCACAGCAAUGA